AAGACCUAUAGGGUCAAUCUUGCCGCACUCCAACGGAUCCGCUUAGACCAGCUCAAGGAAGAACUUGUUCGCCUUUCGACGGAGAUCUAUUUCAAGCCCAAGGAGCCCAUAGGCUGGGCUGCCACCCUGAAGGAAUAUGGCAUGUUGCAAGCGCUGCAAGACUACGAUUAUAUGGAGCUUCGCGCCCAGCUGCCCGACGACCCGUUCUACAUCAGCGGUGAAAGCUGGCUACAUCGCAAGCUGCUGGAGCACUAUCUCAAAAAACCCAGUCGGGACGGACAGAGACUUCAAUCGAGUUUUGAAUCUACUGGAGUUUGGGAAACAAGCGCAACCGACCCGGAGGCGGCGGGAAAUAAUCGACGCGUUAAUUUCCGCCGCAAGUGGUGGAAGGGUUUUCGAGAGAGACUGGGAAUGGCAGCAUUAGGGGCAGUAAUGCUGAUGGCACCCAUGUGGUUGAUGGUUUUGCACAACACACUCUGGACAGCCCUGGUUUCAACUACUUCUUUCGUGCUGACUUUUGGAGUGCUGAGCGCUGCGUUCAUGAACAGCUUGGUAGAGGUUCUUUCAAGCACAGCAGCAUAUGCGGCAGUGUUGGUCGUUUUCGCUGGUCUCAUUACUGAGCAUGACAGGUUCAAUACUGGUACACAGGCUUCAACUUGA